AUGCAAGUGUUGAAAGGUGGUGCGAUAUUGUUCAUAACUCUAAGCUUCUUCUUAAUAACGUCAUCAAUGGCUGUUAUUCGUGAUCCUAUACAUCGUCGACAUUUGGUUGGAGUCGAGAGAAAUGAUCAAUUUUCGAUUGGAGUCAAGAGAAAGAUCCCAACAGGUCCCAAUCCUCUACAUAAUGCGCGUGCUCCUCGGCCCUCACCAGCUCCUCAGCCCUCAUCACCUCCUCAGCCCUCACCACCGUUACUACUGAAACAUAGUCAUUUGAUUGGAGUCGAGAGAAAAGUCUCGAAUGGUUUUGGUCUCAAACAUAAAACUUCAUGUGUUGUUUGA